AUGCCUCCUCUGUCGGCCUACACUCCGUUUGAGUCCCUGCUGUUCUUCCAAUCCCUUGCGACGUCCGACUCCCGACCGGCAAGCUUCGGCUCAAUCUCGACACUAUUGCGCAGCAAUCAGCUAGUACGCGAUCAUGUAGAGUUCGACGCCGAUCGACUCACCCCAGAGGCAUUAGAAGACCUGUACGCGACAUUGAUGCGCGAUGGCUUCAGUCGUGACGAUGCGACCCGGGAUGGUCGACAGACAGAUGCGUCUAGUCCUAACCCGAAAAAGCGCAAAAUAUCUAGUCCGCGACCUGUCGAUCUGGCUGAUGGGAUCACCCAUGCCACACUGGUUCCAGAGCUAGUAGCGCAUCUUUAUGCCAAAUACAAAGAGCUGGUAACCAAGGAAAUCAGGGACGACGAGAAGAAAUAUUCCGAUAUCCGUGCCGAACUGGAACAGCUCCAAGAGGAGGAAAGUAAGACCGUGGAGGCAGACGUCGCGGCCACCGAAGAGAAGAAACCUGAGCUCGCACCAGUUGAGCCGAUGGACGUUGAUGUGAAGGAAGAGACUUCGCGUCAAAAUGUCCGAGAAUCCACGGGCAAGCCACUUGAGGCAACUGUUCCUCUUGUUCAGGACAAGGUCCAACCCGAGCUACGGAAACAGCGGAUUGAGGUGGCUAUACCUGUUUCAUCACACGAGUCUCCGAGGCCACAACCAGCACCUCCAGUGGCCCAAUCUUUAGUCCCGCAAGCAUCAACCGUACCGCACAAGCCACAAGGAGAGGCCGAGCAAGUAGCACCGUUACAGUCUGCAAACCCCCCACCCACAGAGAAGCAACCCAUCCAACCGCUUGCACCCUCAGCUCAGAAAAUACCCCCCACAACACCUGCUGCUGCGCGAACUGCGCCGUCACAUCCAUCGCAGAUUGCACCUCGUGCGCAUCCUAUUCCACCCCCUUCAAGUCUGUCAACCAAGACCGGCCCUCUUUUGCCUGCGUCCCAACGAACCCCAGCUCAACCAACCUUCCAGCAGUGGCAGCUGGAUCCUUCACCCCACUCUCCCUAUCCUCUCGUCUCUCCCGGGACCACCACACCUCAAACUGGUCAGGUCACCGCCAAGCGGCCUCUACCACAAUCUAUCAAUACCCCUUUACCAGGGCCACAAUCUCAAGUUCCUCUUCAACAUCCUGCCCCUCAAACGCCCAGCGCCAUCUCUUCUGCGCUUCAAACGCCUGUCCCACUUGGUCGUCCGCACAUUUCACAAACCCCAAGCACCAGGUUGCCUUCAUUUUCCGAAUCACGCGCCUCACAUCCUCGCUUGUCGAUCGACACUCAAGGUUCCUCAACCCCUUGGAAGAGGACUCCGCGCCUGAGCAUUCCUCACUCCCCGACAUCACCUCCACGCCCACGUCCAGAAGAUGUCAGUCCCAUCAGCGAGAGGGGAUCGCCCAUAGAUGGAAUGGAUAUGUCUCCUCCUCCUCGAAAGUCCUCAGAUGAAAGAAAGUCACGCCGUGGCCAGCCUGACACCAAAUCUACACCUACUAUCAAGACUGAGAAGCAAGCAUCAAGUCGGAGAAUGCGCGCUGUUAGCUCGGCAUCUUCUCGCAGUCGAGGGCGGUCAAUGGCUUCUCGUGAUGGAUCAGUUGCGCCUUCGGACGAUACACUACGAGCACUAGGUCGCCGGAAGGGUGCCCCCGCUGCCGCCGACGACGAAACUCCCAAAGCCAGGUCGAAGCGCAAGCGUGGCGGAAGUGAGGCUCUAGAUGUAGAACCUCAUCCGGCGGACAUUCCCAGAUUUGACACGACCAAAUAUGUCAUGGCUGCCCGCCAGUUCCAUCGCACUGCGCAGCCGCUCAUGAAUGACGUUGCGACCCACAAGCUUGCCUCCAUCUUCGGCAAACCGAUCGGAGAACGUGAUGCACCAGGCUACCACGAUCUCAUCUAUCGGCCACAGGACUUGAAGACUAUUAAGUCUGCCGUUCAUCAGGGCAGCAAAGCCGUUGCCACAGCAAGCGAAUCCUUUAGUACCCCGGGAGAUGGAGAAUCUCCUGCCCCGGGCGGCACACCCUCCAAAAGUGGCGUGCUCAUGCUUCAAAAGACUGAAGAAUUGAUUCCCCCAAAGGGCAUUGUGAACUCCGCACAGCUGGAGAAGGAGCUGAUCCGCAUGUUCGCAAAUGCCAUCAUGUUUAACCCCAUUCCCCAGCGAGGCUUUGGACCUGCUUUCCCCAUGACCAGUGACCGUGGCUCCCGUGAAAGCACCCAAGUUGGUGACGGCGAUGAAGGUGGCAUUAUCCAGGAUUCCCUGGAAAUGUUUGAGGAUAUUCAACAGGCCGUGACUCGUUGGCGAGCAGCUGAACGCACUGCCGAUGAGCUGGCCAACAAGAACGUCCUUUCUCUCAGACGUGGCAGUGCCAGUGAUUUCAACACGGAUAGUGCUGAUGAUGUGAAAGGGUGA